CACAGACGCCAUGCUCGCCCGCGCCAACCCGUCCGUGUUCGCGGCAGCGCUCGCCGCGUGCGCAGCUCUCGCAACCGCGCGCCCUGACUACGCUAAUUCUAAUACUAAUAGAUAUGUACCGGCAAAUAACGCGAACUUGAAUGCGGUUCUUCCGCUUACCAGCACUGACCUAGCCAACACUCCAGCUGCGUAUUUAUUCGAGGAACCUAAAACAAAGUCAAUUCCUAAUGAGACUCCAAGGAGAGUUACGGAGGUUACGGUAACCGAUGAAAAGGGAUCAGAGAAUAAUAUUCCUACCUCGAUCCUGGCAACGACCGACAAUGGUGAAACAAAAGCUACAGUCCAGGCCGAUGGGAGUGCGAAGCCGCUGUUCCACCCAGGGUCCAUCACCGGGAAACCACCUGGUGUGAACCCCUCCUCAAGCGUGGAGACCACCGUGCCGUCCUUAUUCCGCGACGACUCGAAGCCUGUGAACCUGCGGUACCCUCACGCGGUGCUCUUCGGCGGAACUUGCGGAGGCACCAUCAUACACCCCAAAUGGGUCCUUACAGCGGCUCACUGCACCUUGUUCACUGGAGGCCGCUACGUGCUGGCCGGCACCAACAAUUCGGACGACGGCUCCGGCAUCACCAAGAAGGUGAAGAAGCUGCACAUCCACCCGCUGUUCACCGUCGGGCCUUACUGGCUCAACGCCAAGAACUACAAUAUUACACAGGUGGCAGCGAGAUGGGACUUUUUGCUAGCGGAGCUCGAGGAGCCUUUCAAGCUGGAUGGCGUAAACAUAGCUGCAGUACGUCUGGAAGAUGAGAUAAGGCAAUCGCCCGAUAUGUACGUCGGUUAUGCGGGAUACGGCACCGAGCAUCAUGGGGGCUUCAUGCGUUCUGAAAUGCACGCGAUGCAUCUGCGCACGCAGUCUGACGCCACGUGCAAGAAGCUGAAGCAGUACAACCCGCACGAUAUGCUCUGCGCGCGCGGCUACGCGCCCAACUACGACUCGGCCUGUAACGGUGACAGUGGCAGCGGGCUGGUGAACGGCAACCAGAAACUACUCGGUGUGGCCUCCUGGGUGGAGAACGACUCCAUCGAGUGCCGCAAUGGAAACCUGGUGGUGUUCGCCAAGGUCGCCAGAGCGCGCGAGUGGAUCCGCGAUAUUGCUGGAGUCUAGACCUGGAGGGCUACUCCGAAACGCUGAAUACGUAGUUUUGGGUCUAUCUGUCACUGGCAUCUCGCUUUACGUGAGAGGGAUGGCAACAUUCGAAACUUCGGAUAACGUUUUUCGGAAUAACCCGCUGACGGGGUGAAAGCUGGAAGCUACUGCAUCGGAAGAUCGUGCAUUUAUAACACUACAGUAACCUUCUACAUACAAACCACUCCUGCCCCAAAAGACAAGUUACAAAACGUGACAGUUGUUAUUCCGAAAUUGCUUUGCUCCGGCGUUUUUUGUUUGGAGCUGCUUUAAUGAAAACUGACGCAUUUUGUAACUUGUCUAGGGAGAUUGAGCCAUCUAGACAUUAGGUUUGUAAUGUUACGUAUUCUAAUUUUAUAUCAUUUUGGAUGGCCUACUCAGUUCAAUGUGGCCUAAAUAUUUGAAGAUGCCAAAAAAAAAUCUCCUCUUUUAUUUUGAUUUCUCUGCCUGUGCUGUUUUGGUAUGAGCAUAAGCUUCCGAUUCUCAAUUUGUAGUUGUUCCUAAUAUCAAUGGCCAUAAUUUCUUAGUUAAAUAAGUACUUACUUACAUGUAUAACUCUACAUACUUGCAUAUUUAAAUAAGUUUCCUACAACUUUUGUAAAUAACUUCUUUCAAAAUUUGCCUAGAUUACAAAUCUAAUUGUAUUAACAGAUACUUAUUUAUUAUACGCGAAAUGUACAAGUUUUGGUAGUUCUAGUCAUAGAUCCAAAAUUAAUAAUUUAAUAAAUAUGUCAUCUGUAUUCUACACGAGUAUAACUGGUCGUCGAGUAAGAACUUCCACGAAGAUAUAAAUAAAUAAGACGAGUGUAUUCCAUAAAUCAAAAGUUAAGUAUUAUUAAGCUCUCUUUAUAAUUUUAGUGACGCCAAAGAUCCCUUACAAGCAUUUGUUCUUACAGGAUGCGGAUCAAUACUAAAAGAGCGUUAACUUAUUUUUUACCAUUACGCUGUUAACGAUUUGAUUGAAUGUUAUUAAACAUUAAUUAAAUAGUGUACUAAGCAA